AGGAGUUGAAAUGAUUUCAACUAAAAGACAACCACCAUCUCGCACCACUGCUUAUGUCCACAACCCAUAACCCAAUCACACGGAUUUCAACUGCAUUGGGAACGACUUCCCUGGUAGGAUAAGUUAGUCAAGAUUAUCAAGAGUGGUGUGGAUUAUACUGCCUUGGGCCAGUUAAAGCUCGAAGGAUUAGUGUCACUGAGGGACAUCUAUUUUACUGUGCGGGCCUGGAAAUUGUUGGUCCUGCUGAUUGAUCCGGUGAAUCCCACGAAGCCGAUAUUUUCAACAAUUUGUAUGUUCCCCUUCGGCGAAGCGACUCUUCUUUCCUUAAAUUCGAAGUGAUCGUGAACUGUGCCGUUCAAUGACGCGUGAAGAGAAGUUUCUCGGAUAGAACUCCUGAACGAAUUCUUCGUUGCUCUCUGUGCGUCCGUUUCUGCGUCAUUUUCAUCAUGAGUAAGCAGUGUGCGAAAUGCUCGAAAACUGUGUAUCCUCUGGAGGAGCUGAAAUGUCUGGAUAAGACCUGGCAUAAGGGCUGCUUCAAAUGCUGGGUAUGUGGUAUGACGCUGAAUAUGCGAACAUACAAGGGAUUUAACAAGUUCCCGUAUUGUGAAGCGCACAUUCCUAAACCGAAAGCUACCACAGUUGCCGAAACACCUGAGUUUCAGCGAAUUGCAGAGAACACCAAGAUUCAAUCGAAUGUUCAGUACCACGCAGACUUCGAAAAAGCGAAAGGCAAAUAUACAACAGUCGCAGAUGACCCAGAAACCAUGCGAAUCAAAGAAGCGUCCAAGAUAAUCAGCAAUGUCACCUACCACGGCGAUCUUCAGAAAAAGGCACAGAUGGAGAUGCGACGGAAACUGAGUCCUGAAAAUGGCGAAGAUGACAACAGCAACACAAGCAUGAUGCAGGCGAAUCCCGGUUCUGUUCCCACUCCGAAUGCGAAUUACGCUCGUGCCGCCAACAAAGUUCUGCCGGCGCCCGACCAUGGACCUAUGGGAGAUUCUCCAUACUCUGCUCGCCAAAGUUCGACUGUGGUUUACACCUCUCAACGUGGACCGAUGGAACAGCCGACGGGUCCCCAGCGCCACAUCGGAUCGAUUGCGGAUUACGACCCGAUGAGCGGUGAUUAUCGUGGUCAGCACGCCUUUCGUGGUCACCCGCAGCCACAGCAACACGUCGGUCCUGCAACUCACCAGAUGCAUCGAGUGCCGCAGCAGUCACAGCGUGGAUAUCCUCCCGGUGGACAACAAUAUCCCGCUCAACCCGCUGACUACUAUCCUCCUCCUCCUCAACAACAACAACAACAACAUGGUUAUUCCAGUGCUCCUGCGAGCAAACCAACACAAAGUCUUGGGAAUGAUAGCGAGGAUAUGUCGAAAGAAUCGUCACUCGUCACCCAACGUAGAGCGUACACCCCUUGGUUAGUUGAUCGGAUCCGCGAAUUGAACCUUCUCGACGAAAUGGAGGCGAAUCAAAUUUCCCGUGAUACUGGGCCGUCGGUGGAUUCCGAAUGCGUAGUUGAACGGACGUCAUCUGACCACGGCGACGGCGAGUCCGUCUCUGAAUCUUGCUUUUUCUCUAUCGUCGCGACGACGACUACGACGAAUGACGACGGAAUUGUUGACGUGAGCUCGAGUCACGUUGUUCCAAUACGAGUGAUAGCCUCGUCUUCGUCGGUAUCGUCGUUUUCGUCGGUGACUAUGGAAGACGGAGUCAGUAAUGCCGUCGUGACGAGUGGUGAUCGUGAGCUGACGUCGCGAUGUUACAGAGCCAUGUACGAUUACGCUGCUGCGGAUGACGACGAAGUGAGCUUCAAAGAUGGGGACCUCAUCAUCAAUUGUUCAAACAUUGACGAAGGGUGGAUGACUGGAACUGUGCAACGGACCAUGCGAACCGGAAUGCUGCCGGCAAAUUAUGUUGAACCUGCCAACUGAAUGCGCGACUCCUGAAAUAGGCCAAUCAACAAAUUUUUAUCGAGACUGCAAUCAUUGUCUUACAAGGCAGCUUCCCAUAUUUCCAUAUGCUUCAGAAAAUAUGUCACCAAAGGGCACGAUUAUUUUUCACGCCUCUUAAUACGAACGGGAAAGGUAUUUGUUUUCUUUGCUGGAAACGGCUCAUUUUGAACGUUGUUUUAAUCAUUCAGGAACGAGUUCGAAGUGGGAUUGCAUUUCUGGGAAAAUUAGUUCGUCAUAAAAAAAGGCGUGGAAAAUGGUCGACCAGAAACGACUCGCGAUGCUCGGUGCUCAUCGUUCUUUUUUCGAAUUCUUCGUUGAAAAUUUCCAAAAAUCUAAUUUUUUUUAAACAUUCGGCAAACAAGGUAGCGAUGAGUCGAGGUUAUUCAGCUCAUCACUUCAACUUGAAUCUGUGUCGUCAAAAUAUGGCUGCUUAAUGGUGAUUCCAAGCGACGAAGUUCUCGCGGGACGCGGAGCCCUUUCUUUUUUGUUCGUGUUUUUGAACAUUUUUUUGCUAUACAUCGCUGUGUCGAUGGCCAUAAUGAUAAUCCUCAAAUGCACUAGUUAACCUUUGGAAAUGAGGCCGGAAGUGAAUGUAUUGCCUGCUGAAAAAUCAAGUAGCCAAAAGAAGUCGCUCGUAUCUAUUCUUGCUUGUGAAACAAUCCUAUUUUUACAUUUUUAGCGAGCGUCUUUUUUCGAGUUCAGGGUUGUGCGUGCGAAGUGUGACGUCAGUAUUGAAAGAAUGACUCAGAAAUACUCCAAGCUUUUUGGCGUGUGUAUAUUUUGAACAGUUAUCAGAUUUUUUUAUUCUUGAGGUUUUUGCUGAGGGUUUGUUGUCUGAAACAUUUUUUUUUUGAGGGAAAAUACGACGAAAGAGCAGCAACUGACUGUGUUAUACUCUACGUGCCUUCCGAUCCGAUUCCGACACACAUAUUCCGGAUGUCUGACGAGCUUCUUGGAUUUAAUCCGUUGUUUUUUGUUGAGUAAGAAAGUUUAUCUCGGAGCAUUUUUGAAGCAAUGAUUUCUGCCGUACUUCGGAUAUCUCCCAUUCGCGCGUUCCUGGGAUCGUGUCAUCAUUGAAUAUUUAUGGAACAUCAAAACGUCGCUGGUAUUUUACUAACCUGGAUUUUUGUACCACGUUACUUUUUCUUAAUCUUGUUCUCUGGCCGAUCGAGUACGUAAUUUUAUGAUGUUGGUUUUGGACGACGGAGAGAAGCGCUGAUGAAAGAGUCAGAAGUAACACUUACUUCAUUCCGUGUCUAAUCCUGAUUUGAGGAGGCGAGGAAACGACUAAUUCCGUAAGUGUUGUCGACUAAUGAAUGGCGGGGUAAUUUCCGGAAGGUUGACCGUUGCGACAGCGGGGUUUGAGCCUGGGCGAGUUUUUUCGCGGAACGGACGGGAAGUUUGAAAAUAAAAAUACUCGGUAUAUUUUUUCUGCA